CUGCUCACGUAAAAGUAAUACGAGUUUUACAAUUUUAGCUAUUUAGGUAUUUUUUUUCUUUACCUCAUUCUCUCCCGCGCGCAAGACCCUCCCCUCCGCCGUUUUUCCUCACACUCACAGAUCCCGCUCGGUGACCCUUCGCCCGUCCGCAGCUCUUCUCUUCGUUCACUCUCCCGUCGUUCGCACUUCGCAGCUUCAAGUUUAGAAGGGUUUAGGGUUUUCAAUCGCUGGACCAAGAUGAAGCAAGUAGUGGGGAUGGUGGUCUCAAACAAAAUGCAGAAAUCAGUUGUCGUUGCAGUGGACAGAUUGUUUUAUCACAAGCUCUAUAAUCGCUACGUUAAACGCACUUCCAAGUUCAUGGCUCAUGAUGAGAACAAUCAAUGCAAUAUUGGUGAUAGGGUUAAAUUAGAUCCUUCGAGGCCAUUGAGCAAGCAUAAACAUUGGGUGGUUGCUGAAAUUUUGAGGAAAGCAAGAAUUUACGAGCCACCAUCACAAGAUAAACAGUCUGUUUCAGACAAAAGCAAUGUUUCAGCUCCUUCAACCACUUAAGAAAACUACUGCAAACCACUACAAGACCAAAUUGGAUCUCUCAUUGCAUUGGCAAACUGAAGAACGAAAACUCUGGAGAAUGAACUACUUUCUGUAAGCGGUAUGUUUCUCAUAUCAAAGAUUUGUAGUUACAUUACCAUUUCGUUUUGGACUGUUGUGUGAACCUUCUUUUUCAUAUGAGGCAUUUCAUCUCCACAAGUUGUGAUGUUAAAAGUGCAUAAUAAACUUAUUAAAAAAGGUUCUAUCCAUCAGUUCAUAUGUCUGGGAUGAACUCAGAAGUCAGAAGAGAUCCAACUUUAUUCUAUAUUCAAUCUUCUUACUAUUCUUUUA